AAGCGGGACAUUAAAUGCGAGAUUUUCCUGGACGAUUUGCCAAGUGGACUGCCACCCGAACGACCCCAAGACCACAAAAUCAAGCUGGAGCCCGGCGCGCAGCCUACUGUACGCACGCAAUGGCGUCUGACUCAGCCGGAGCUACAGGAGUUACGGAACCAGCUGGACUACCUGCUAGCAAAAGGGUUCAUUCAGCCGAGCACGCCACCUUUCGCAGCACCGAUCCUGUUCACACCAAAAAGGACGGCGGACUUCGCAUGUGUACGGAUUAUCGUGCCCUUAAUCGGGUAACGAUCAAAUCGCGCUACCCAAUCCCACGAACGGAUGAACUGAUCGACAACCUUCGCGGAGCUCGCUACUUUUCGAAGAUCAACCUGCGUGGCGGUUACCAUCAAAUUCGAGUGUUCGCUGACGACUGCCACAAGACCGCGUUUCGUACUCGCUAUGGGAGUUACGAAUACACGGUGAUGCUGUUUGGAUUAACGAACGCCCCCUCGACGUUCCAACUCACCAUGAAUGGGGUGUUCCGCGAUCUACUCGACAAAUGCAUGAUCAUUUACCUGGACGACAUCUUGAUCUAUAGCAAGACUCGGGUGCAGCAUUUAAAAGAUUUGGAAGCGGUUUUUCAGCGGUUGCAGCAGCAUCUACUCAUCACCAAGGGAUCCAAGUAAGAGUUUUUAAAAUAAGAACUGGA